CAGCUGUAAACGUCGACUUGUGUUGACAAUGAUGAUGAAGAAAACUGUCACCUUCAAGUGUAUUGCACGUAGGCGGGUUGAUGCUAAAUGUAACAAACUGGUCGUUGGCAACGUCUUCAGGUACCCUAACCAAGUAAUUGUAGUCGGGUGUGAAGAUGGCGGAAUUCGUGUUUACGAUUUACCGUCAAAUAGUGACCAUCACAAUGACAAAUUAAAAUUAAAAUCUAUUUUAGAAACCAAAGGUGGACCAAUACAAAGUAUUUUAUUGCACGAUGUUACAAAGUUUGGAUCUACCGAUCUAUUGGUGGGGCAUUCUGGCGGGAUGGUCACAGUAUUUUGUAAUGAACAAAUAUUCAGCCGAUGUAGCAUAACAGAAAAUAGUGUUGAUAAUUUGGAAAUAGACCACGAUGCAACUGGUAAUUUAAGUAUUGUUGUGGGUGACAGUGGUGGGUGUAUCAAUGCAUUCUUGCCAUAUAGACCACUAUGGAGGCUGCGCCUUCGAGAUCACCUUUCAAUACCUCAGAGUAUAUCUAAAUCUGCGGUUGUAACAUGUUUAUUGGCGACUAAUUUAACUAAUCCGUCUGGUCACAUUAGUAAUUACAUCUUAGCGUGCGAUGACAAUAAACAGUUACAUGUCAUACAACAAGGCAGCAUACUCUUGACUUUACAUACACAGAGCGUUGUUACGUCGAUGUGUUGCGGUCAGUUUCUUCCCGAAUCGGAAGCCGCAACUACCCCUGGAGACAAAUCAUCCCCGUCCACCACCACAUCCUCCCAGUUGGCGUCAACACAGAUUGCACUAGGUGGACAAGAUGGCUCCAUUUAUAUCAUGAGUAGCUUCCAGAUAUACUCGGUGGAGUACGGCAGUGUACAUUUACCAUUGAUGCAGAUCAUGUCUAUUCCAUCGAGAGAAACUGUCGAAAUGGACUACUUGCUAUGUGUUGGAUAUUUUAAUUCUGUCAUGUUAUAUCAUGCUGGAAAGGCAAGUUUUAAAAUAUCAUUUCAACUUCUCAAUGCAAGGUGUUCUGGAAUUCAAAAAGAUGGUACCCUCAUCACGAAAUACAUAACAUCAGACUGGGUUAACUCCAUGGCAACCGCUGAUGUAGAUAAUGAUGGAGAGACUGAGGUUAUUAUCAGUUGCCUUGACAACUCCAUUCAUUUUCUCAAAGUUGCAUGA